GUGCGGCAGUCACAGACUGUUAACCUCAAGAUCUGGAAGUGUUUGAGAGUCAACGAAGCUUCACAAUCUCAACCACUUUCUGCCGUCAUCAAAGAUCGGUUACAAAAAGAGCUCUUAAGCCUCUUCUUAGCGAAAGCAGGAUUUACAUUAAAAUUGAAGCUCAACACUAUAUCUUGCUGCAAGUUGUAAGGCACCUGGUGGAUCAUGACCCUACAACCAUUAACUGCAGUGAACUGUGCAGGCCUCCUGCAGCCUGGCUGCUCCCUGCUACAGCUGGAUGGGGAAAUCCUCCUGUUCGGCCAGAAAGGCUGGCCAAAGCGCUCGUGUCCAACAGGAAUCUUCAGUGUUCGAUUUAAACAUGGUGAGAUGAAACUCAGGGCCAUAUCCUUCUCCAAUGACUCGUGCUAUCUCCCUCCGCUGCGCUGUCCUGCCAUCUGCCGCCUCGACCCAUAUGAUGGCCUCGCAGAGAGUUAUCUCAUCCACGGAGGCCGCACCCCAAACAAUGAGAUCUCAUCAAGCUUGUACCUGCUGACCAUGGAUAGUCGAGGCUGCAAUCGCAAACUAAUGCUCAGGUGCAAAGAGAAAGAGCUGGUGGGAGAAGUGCCGGGGGCCCGGUACGGCCAUGCAAUGAGCAUAGUUCAAAGCCGCGGGAAGACCGCUUGCGUGAUGUUCGGGGGCAGGUCCUACAUGCCUGCAGGAGAGAGGACCACAGAAAGGUGGAACAGUGUCGUUGACUGUCCCCCCCAGGUCUUCCUCUUUGAUCUUGAGUUCGGGUGCUCCUCUGCUCACACUUUACCUGAGCUCAGUGAUGGACAGUCUUUUCAUGUAGCUCUUGCCAGAGAAGACUGUGUUUACUUCAUUGGAGGCCACUCAAUUACCUCUGACUCGCGUCCUCCUCGCCUGUUUCGCCUGCAUGUAGAGCUCCUGCAGGGAAGCCCCUUGCUUUCCUGCGAGACUCUGGAUUCAGGCUUUUCCAUCUCCAGUGCCAUCAUCACACGCACAGGUCCCUCUCAUAGAUAUAUAGUGUUAGGUGGAUACCAGUCCGACUCCCAGAAGAGGAUGGAGUGCAGCACGGUCAUUCUGGACGAAAAGGGGAUCCACAUUGAGCAUCUAGAACCUCCUAAGUGGACUCAAGAUAUCAUCCACAGUCGCACAUGGUUUGGCGGCAGCACAGGAGACGGAUGCAUCCUGUUAGCAGUUCCCACAGAGGGAAGGCCGUCCCAGCCUGAUGUGCAUUACUUCUACCACGUCAGCUUCCAACAAGAGAAAGGAUCCAAUGAGGAAGAAGCGACCCAGGCGUGCAGCCAGGAGUCAACAGAUUACGACAACUCUACUCCCCUUGAGGACUCCGAGGAGCUCUAUUUUGGUCGGGAGCCACAUGAGCUGGAAAACAGCAGCGACGACGAGGGCGACACUUACAAUGAAGAGGAUGAGGAGGAUGAAUCACAAACUGGCUACUGGAUCAAAUGUUGCCUGGGUUGUCAGGUGGACCCCAACACUUGGGAGCCAUACUACUCCACAGAGCUCCACCGCCCGGCUAUGAUUUUCUGCUCCAAAGGAGAGGGGGGGCACUGGGUCCAUGCCCAGUGCAUGGAGCUGUCUGAGACCCUGUUAGUCAAACUAUCUCAGGGAAGCAAAAAGUACUUUUGUUUGGAUCACGGAGGCCUGCCUUACCAGGAGAUGACCCCACCUCGGCAGGUUAUUCCACUAAGGCGCACCCCGAUGAAAGUGAAGGAGAGAAAUGGAGCCCUGAUCUUCAAAAUAUCCCCAACCAAAAAAAGCUUUUUCAAGAGACUUUUUGAUUAAUUUUGGUGAUCUUUAUUAUUGUGAUCUUUAUGAUGUGGAAAUUUCAAUCUGUAAUAAAAGUAUUUGUCUAAGUGUGCAAAUCAGUAAUACAAGCUGCAUAUUUUCAUGAAAACUUCAUGAAUAGACCAAGAAAGGCUCCAAACAAAUUCUUCAUAAUUUUUCUAUUGAAAUCAAAGCUGCAA